AGUCAGUCAGGAGCUGUUCUCGCCUCCUGCUCCUCGUCUCCCGCUCUCCUCUAUACCGAUUACACGCGGCAGCCUCUGUGUUCUCAUCCCAGUCAGUGUUAGGAGAGAAUCCAUCCACAGAUUAUCCAAUGCAAGGAAUGAGAUGCUUAGCGUGCUGGGAGUGACCUUGUUUACUUUCCCGAUUAUUGUUGUCCGUUCGUGUGAAGUCGACUGCAUGCAUCGAGCGGCGGUUUGAGCGGUGUUAUAUUAAUUGUGAUUGAGUAUUCGGGCGUAUUGUGAUGAAAGGAAGCUUUUUUGUCGUUUUUUCUACGAUUAUUGUGGCCUGGUAGACGUGUGUGACAUGAAGUGUUGUAACCAUUAUUGCAAGCAGUGAGGCGGGUUAGCAGAAGGAUUAUUGUUGUUACCGUAUCAAGACAAGCGUCCUGCCGUCACGAUGCUGCUAGUGAGGAUGAACCUCGCGGUGGUUUUUCUCUUCACCUUUUUCGUCUUCUCCAUGCAGGACCCGCAGCUUCGCAGCUUGCUGUCUAGUGAUGCACUCGGCCACAGAAAGGGUGCUUUCUUUAUCUUCACCAGCAACAACUCCAAUAAUAACACGAACAAAGAAACGACUACAGAGGAUGCAGCAGACGGCCAAACGACAACAGAAGAAUCUAGUGAGGUAGAACCUAAGGUAUCAGAUCUUACCAAAACAGAAACAAAUCUUAUAGCAAUCGAAUCGAAGGCAAUGAUGCAGUCGGAUGGGGAAGUCAGUCUUACUACCGUGUUACUGAAGGAUAUCCGUGAUGCUCUCUAUGAGAAAACGGAAGAUCUGGAGCAGGAGUUCAAGGAAAACGUCAAACAUCGGCUGGACUCUCUCAGCCUCGAGGUACAGGAAUCGGUUAGUGCCGUGACCGCUGAUCUGGAAAGGGUUAGGGAAAGCAUGGAGCAGAAAGUUGAGCUAAUGCUGGAAACAUUCUCUACAUUAAAACUGUUGGUGAUUGGGCAAGGACAGCACUUGGAUGAGCUGCAGGAGAGGCUGAAGAGAUAUGAGGAGGAAGUAGAACAAUUAAAACAAACGACGUUGGCGAUGCAACAGUCUUCUUCAAACUACAAAACUCAAGACGACUUCGAUAACCCCUUAAGUUUGGUACGAGGAAAAAGAAACCCUGAAACAGACAACGGAAACACGGAUCUGAACAAGACAGUACGAAACACAACAAUGAAACUGGAGGAAUUGAAGCAACAAGUACAAAACGUCACUGAAGAAGUGUUUGGGGUAAAGGACGAGCUACAAAAUCUCCAAGCCAACGUAACCAUUUUUUCUUUGGCUUCCUCAACACCCACACCAUUAAAAACAUCCAUGACUGUCACCCCGAGCUCAACAUCCUGUCAGUGUUCAACGGAGGUGCUUCAGAACACCAUUGAGAAACUUGAAGCAGCGCAGAGGAAGCAAAAGAACGACUUUGUAGAACUGAAAAGACGCAUUUCAGUGGUCGAGAGCUUCCGGAGUGGCGGGGGGAGUUAUAGUCAGAGGCUAGGGGUGGCUGAGGGCCCCCGAGAAGACUUGGAGGAGGUGAAGACGACCGUGGCAGCCGUGCAAGAUGACCUCAAUAAACUCAAGGAGGGAAUGGAAGGAACUGUGACCUCUAACGGCACUUUCUUUGCCAAUGCCUCAAGGAAAGGCAUCUGUGUGUGGCCGUACAGUCGAGGGGGCGGCAGCUGCUACUUCGUCAACCGGGAGGACCGUCUAGGGUGGGAAGCGGCCCGGGAACACUGCAGGGGUCUUCAAGGGGAUCUCGCCUCGCCCGACAACAUUCAGACCUUCAGGAGCUUUGUCCAUAUACAACGACUCAGUCGAGCCUACACCUACUGGAUGGGCGCGUCUAACACCAAUCCGGAGAGGGUGUGGAAAUGGACUGACGGACGUGGUGUUGGCGGGGACAUCAUAGAGACAGGGAUGGUACAGACAGGUCGCGCCCCGAAGUGUCUGGCCAUCAAGCCUUCCUUCAGGUUCGGGGGCCUAGCGGAGUCUUGCCACGAGAGCAAGUUCUUCAUCUGUCAGCAGGAGCGUUUGUUGUAGUGACUCCUGUAGAAGGCGACGAAGGAGGAAGAGACUCAAGAUGAAGGAAGCGGUAAAGGAGAUGGUGUGAGGAAUAGGGUUGUGCCAAAAGUUUCUCUCUCUCUCUCUCUCUCUCUCUCUCUCUCUCUCUCUCUCUCUCUCUCUCUCUCUCUCUCUCUCUCUCUCUCUCUCUCUGCUUUCUGUAGAACCCAACGAAUAAGAAAAUUUAUUUUUAUUUAUUUAUUUAUUUAUUUAUUUAUUUGUGUGUGUGUGUGUGUGUGUGUGUGUGUGUGUGUGUGUGUGUGUGUGUGUGUGUGUGUGUGUGUGUGUGUGUGUGUGUGUGUGUGUGUGUGUGUGUGUGUGUGUCUGUGUUGCAUCAAGUGAUAAUUUUUUUGUGUAUACUCGUAAUCUACGCAGUCAAAGCCUUACAGGAAACAGUCAGCAAAUGACAGAUUAAAUUGUUGUAUGUGUCAGUGAAGAAAACGUACAGGUAACACCGCAACAAUGGUUGUUAAGUGCUAUUUUUUUUUAAAUAUACAUGGCAACUCACUGCAACUGUCAUCCCCGGGCCUCAACACAUCUUGACACCUAAGUGACAGGUCUCGUUGACUGCCAAAGUGCAUCUUUUUACUAUAGUGAUGAUGCCUUUCACAUUCAGUAACACUGAAUAUUCGAACAUGUUAAUUACAUGUUAACACACGUUAAUUUAUCGCAAAGUAAAGCAAAACACAGCUUAUGUGUAUAGAAUAUUUUCGACCUAGAAUUACUUGAGCUAUCAAAUCCCGAAGUAUGUACUUUUUAACUCGCGGGACACCCUGUAUGUAUAUAUUCUCAUAUUUUCACUUUUGUAUGAUUUUUUUUAACAUUUCAGCUUUGCUUCCUUAUAUACUGUUAGUGUUAGUAAUGACAUGUAAUAUCUACUUGUUAAUAUUCGUACGUUAGUUUUGUGCAAUGCAAUGCAAUGCAAUUAGAAAAGCAUCACGUGUACUCGCAUUACCUUUAUCUCAUUGCUAAUAUUUCUGAGUAAAUCCCAUAAAUU